CUCUUUCCAUGCCACCACCCCCAUCCCAACAUACCUAUAUUUUCUGUCUUUCUCCCCUCAACCCCUUCCCUCUUUCUCUCUCUUCAAAACCUCAUACACCCUCCACAUAUACAUACAGCAUAUAUGCCUGAAUGUCCAGAGAAAGGGAGAGAUACGAGGAGAUAGGGAAGAAGAUAAAGCGGGAGCACGAUGACUUGUCUCAGAUGGGAAGAAGGCCGCCACCGCCGCCUCCCGGCGGAACCCUAAACACCAUCACUCCUUGCGCCGCCUGUAAGCUUCUGCGCCGUCGCUGCACUCAAGAAUGUCCCUUUUCGCCCUACUUUUCCCCCCACGAACCCCACAAAUUCGCCUCCGUCCACAAAGUUUUCGGAGCUAGCAACGUUUCCAAGAUGCUAAUGGAGGUUCCAGAGAGGCAAAGGGCAGAGACGGCGAACAGUUUAGUAUAUGAAGCAAAUGUGAGGCUAAGAGAUCCAGUUUAUGGGUGCAUGGGGGCAAUUUCGGCAUUACAGCAGAAGGUACAAGCUUUACAAGCUGAGCUUAAUGCAGUGAAGACAGAGAUUAUGAGGUACAAGUUUGGGGAAGGCACCAAUAAUGACAUUAAUACCAUUAUUCCUUCUUCUCAUCAUCACCAUGCAAAUGCAUCUUCACUUCUUACUUCCGGUGUUGUUUCUGUUGCUGCACCGCCGCCCUCCUCCUCUUCAUUCUACACUCCGCCACCGUCUUCUUCCUCUGCCGCCGAUUUUGGCAUCGUUUCCAGUGAGAAUAUAUCGUAUUUUGGGUGAAUUAAUUAAUUAUGGACCUUUCAUUCUGAUUUAUUUAACUUAUAUAUAUUUAUGACGGAAUUUAUAUAUAUAUAUAUAUAUUAUAAUUACAGGUAAUAAAUUGAUCGUUGGUACCAUAAA